UCGACUUGCCAAGCUGCUCUAAGGCAGAAGCACCAGUCAUUUCUCCAGACUGAGUCGGCCUGUGUGGGCGUUCAGCUGGUUUUCUCCAGCACCUCAAGAAGGCUUUCUUGAUCAAAUUUCUCCAUGGCUUGUAUUGAAAAUGUCCUUGGAGCGCACGCCCCUUCAGCUACAGCAGUAGCUGCGGAAGAACACGCAGACCGGGAGCCGCGGCUGGCUGUGCAGCUCCAGUGUCCGAGUUCCGCGCUACAGGGUAAUUCGGAGUCCUGGGGCCACCCUCGCCUCCCGCUUAGACCUCCCUUCGGUGUGCUGACCGAUCUGGCAAGAGAGCAACUGGAGCGCCCCUCGGAGAGAACAGAAUCCUGCAUUCCUGUCAACUGUUCCAGAGCUCUCAACCCCCUGUACCGGCUACCACCUGCUGCUGAGGAAGAGGCCUUAGCAACAGCAGAAGUAAAUAGCUCUGAGGGGCUGGCAGGCCGGAGGCAGAGGGGACAGGAUUCUAUUCAUGUGUCCCAGGAAUUCUCUGGCGGCCCCCCCGUACUGAUGGUGGGGGGGACGAGGGUUAGCAAUGGGAGCAGUGAGAGAGGUGGGAGUAGUGCAAGGUUAUAUGUGGCUUUGCCUCGGGGUCAAGGAUUCUUUCCAUCCAGGAGCCCCCAAGUAAGAGGCCCUCCACACAUCCCCACCCUUAGAUCGGGGAUAAUGAUGGAGGUGCCUCAAGGAAGUAAGAGAAUGACCAGCAAGGAAAGCUUGGCUCAAGUUUCUUUUCCACCGGGAGGCCCGCGGCACUCGGUGGAGAAUUGGCCAAGGCCUGUUCCCUUGUCAUCCAGCACUCCAGGUGUACCUUCCUGCGCUACUGCUCAUUGCUUCAUUCCUCCUCGACCUCGCAGUUUUAAUCCAUUUCUGGCUAUGCCUAUCGCUUUUGCUCCUCCCCCGCUAUUUGGUCCUCUGAUGCCUUCCUAUUUUGCCAAUUUCCCUUCUUGGGGAAUGCCAGCUCCCGCAUGCUCAAACAGAGAGAACAACUGAUGGCAAAGGAAAAAAAAAAAAAAAAAAAAACGAGGAAAAAUUAACGGUUGUGCAAAGAGGUGAAAGUUACUCAUUUACCUUUUUAUAUUUGAAACCCCUCACACUCUUACACCCUGUUUACCACUGCUGUGCCUUACAUACUGGGAAAUUCA